UAUAAUCGGCGUAUCCAACGCUUCCGCCUUAUCAACGAUCCAGUCGUACAGCAACACGUUCAGGGUGCCUAUCAUCUCGCUGAGUAUGACGCAAAACACGACCAGCAGCAGCCAGUUCCAGCUCUUCAUGCGUCCCGUCUACAUCACUGCCCUACUCGACGUCAUCGUGGAAUACGGCUGGCCACGGAUUCUCUACAUUUAUGAUACUGAUGAAGGUUUGAUUCGGCUUCAACAGCUGUUUCUGGCCGUCAACAACCGAGAGAAAAUGCUUGAUAUCGAUGUCAAGCGUGUCCCGGAUGUUCGCAGUUGUUAUGAAAUGCUCAAAGACUUGCACAUGAAAAACGACAAAUUUGAAAUAAGAGUGUUUAUGGACAUACCUACAGAAAGGGCUGAGCAAGUCAUUCUUAAGUUGAAAGACGAUACACAAGUUGCUAAUCACAAGUUUCAUUUUUUACUUGGUGAAUUGAGAAUGGAUGAGAUGAAUCUGGAACUAUUUCAAAAUGGCGGAAUCAAUAUCACUGGUUUCCAACUUUUGAAUUAUUCCCAACUUCGCGACGACACGACCAAUCGAGAAUGGACCAAGUGGCAAUGGCCGAACGAAAAGGCCGCUAAGAAAAUACCGCUGGAGCCGGCGCUUGUUAUUGACGCCGUGGAUUUGUUACUUCGAGCUCUUAAACAGUACAACAAGAGAAAAAGCAGCGUCUAUAGUUAUAACAAUUACGGACGAACCAUCAACCCAAUGAAAUGCACCGACAGUAAUUACGUUAGUCCACAUAACGGCUCCGAAAUAAUGCGCAUCUUGAAAGGCAGAGAGGUUGAGUUUAAUGGCUUGUCUGGGAAAGUCAGUUUUGAUGAACGCGGUUUCAGAAAUAAAUUCAAGCUUCAGCUAUUCGAUAUCACCAUGACAAUGGGCUUAGCUGACGUUGGAUACUGGACCCCGGAAAAUGGGUUGAAAACUCAAGAGCCGAAUAGAAGACUUAACAGACAGGAACAAACCAACCGUACUCGUAAAGUUACAACAAUUCUGGAAAAGCCAUAUAUGAUGUAUCGAGAUGAAGAAACAGAAAGGCUCAAACCGAGAUGCGGCAAACAAUAUUUUGUAGGAUUUUGCGCAGAUAUCGCGAAACGAGUUGCGGAAAUUGUAAAGUUUGAUUAUGAGUUGUGCCUCGUUGGGGAUGGUAAUUACGGAGAAAAAUUAGAUAACGAAACGUGGGAUGGUAUGAUCGGAGAGUUGACACGAGACGAGGUAGAUUUGGCGAUUGCACCGCUGACCAUCAACUCACAACGCGAGCGUGUCGUCGAUUUCACAAAGCCAUUUAUGAGUCUUGGAAUCAGCAUCAUGAUCAAGAAAACAGCGUUGAAGAAGGCCAGCGUAUUCUCGUUCAUGGAUCCGUUAUCUUACGAGAUCUGGAUGUGUAUCCUGUUCGCCUACAUUGGCGUCAGCGUGGUCUUGUUUCUCGUCAGUCGCUUUAGCCCCACAGAAUGGCGAGUGGGCGAGGGCACCAAUAUCGCAAAUGAUUUCACAAUAGCCAACAGCCUCUGGUACUCUCUUGGCGCUUUCAUGCAGCAAGGUUGUGACAUAUCACCAAGGUCCAUCUCGGGGCGUAUAGUGGGAAGCGUUUGGUGGUUCUUCACGUUGAUCAUAAUCUCCUCGUACACCGCCAACCUGGCCGCCUUUCUCACCGUGGAGCGAAUGCUGACGCCCAUUGAGUCCGCCGAGGAUCUGGCCAAACAGACCGAGAUACAGUACGGCUCCCGGGAGUCCGGAAGUACCAGGGACUUCUUUAAGAACUCCAAAUUCCCUGUUUAUGAACGAAUGUGGGCGUACAUGCAGUCGGCUUCGCCGAGCGUUUUCGUGAAGAGUAACGCAGACGGCAUAGAGCGAGUCAGGAAGGGAAACUACGCCUACUUUAUCGAGUCGAACACCAAUGAUUACACUAACAUGAGGAUGCCGUGCGAUACCAUGAAAGUGGGGCCGAACCUGGACUCAAAGGGAUACGGUAUAGCGACUCCAAUCGGUUCGGAUCUUAGAGAUUCUCUUACAUUGGCUGUGUUGAAACUACGAGAGUCUGGUGACCUCGAAGAGAUGCAGAAAGACUGGUGGGAAAAAACGUCGCAAUGCCCCCCAACUUCAGGCAAGCAGGACGGAGGUCAGGCGGAACUUACACUGGAGAACGUAGCAGGCAUAUUCUACAUCUUAGUGGGAGGGCUGUCGUUGUCGGUGAUCAUCGCGUGCAUAGAGUUCCUCUACAAAUCCAAACUCGACUCUAAGAAUUCAAAGAAAUCAUUUGGCGCCAUGUUGAGGUGUAAAGCCCGGUUAUCGUUUCGCGGGUCCCUGGACCGCGACAAUCCGGCUCCCACAACACCAUUGAGAAAAUCUAUGUCAACAUACACGUACACCGGUCCCUCGCAGGUCUCCUCGACGGAGGGCUUCACGGACAAUCUCCAUACAGCGGUUUGAGCAACGACAAUAGGCGCAACUCUGAUGGGCAUUUAACUGAUUUUAAAUAAAACGACUCCUUCUUUAAACAUCAGAUCUGUUGAUGUCAACAUUCUGCAAGUGUUGUCUGUCGUUUGUAACAUAUCAUGUUAAUAUGUUGAUACAGUGCGUGUUACUUAUUUCAAAACAGGGACACGUAUUAAUAUAUUUGUGGUAAUGUAGUUUAAAACCUAGCACUUCUAUUACAUUACUUUGUUGCGAGCAAAUAUUUUAUGUUUCGCCAACAUACUUGACAUCCGUUUGAUAAUCAUUAUUAAAGUUGAUGUCAUGUAAAUGAGAAAACAAACUGCGUAGUUAUAUAAUAAGUGUCAAAAAACAUUAUUAUGACAUGAUUUGAAAAAUGCAAAUACAUCUUACUGGUAAAUGGAACUAGUUGAGGCAGUU